GUUGUGAUACAGCCCGGGAUCAAACCCGGGUCUGUAGUGACACCUAUAGCACUGCGAUGCAGUGUCUUAGUCCACUGCGCCACUCGGGAGGCUUUCUUGGUUGAAAAGACAUGCUCCGGAACUUUGGCGACUAGUAAGCUUUUUUUUCAACCUCCCACUUUGGGCUGGAUGUGUCAAUGUGUAGUUCACACAUGCAUAACCUAUGAGCAGAGUGACUCUAUUACCUCAAUUAGUCAUGAAAUCCCUAGUUUAAAAGUGAUUGUUUACUGGGAUCUGUGUGGUGUAAUUUUCCCUACAUUUACCCCAAUGUGGACAAGCCCCCUAGCAAUUCUAUCCUAGCAAUUCUACCCUAGCAGUUCUAUCCAAUGAGCUUCAGUCCCUUACCAUUUGAGUGACAGCUAUCGAGAUGCACACAGCAGAGCAAGAUAAAUAGGUUUAAAAUAUUUCUCUCCCUUGACCCCUUUUCAACAAACGUACGUGUUGACUGAUAUUCCCAUAAUUCAAACAUUUACUAAAUCAUUUUUAAAAAAUAUGAAAAACAUAAAACACCUCAAUAUUUUGUCAUGCUGACAUGAAUCGACCAGGUGGAUGAGUUCUUUCAAAGAAUUCACAUAUUUUAAUGUAAAAAUAUUACACAGCUCCAUUUAGAUUGGGAGUAAUUAGCACUGUGACAACCAAACCGUAAGACAACCAACCCCGGUCUCCGGGAAAGCAUAUCAGUUUAUCAUACAUAUAGCAGAAAAUUGGGACAGACAGAGCAACAAACUAUAGCUACACAUUAUACCCUUUUUAUUUUUCUGUAAAGAAACUAACUGUACAGGUAUUUCACUGACAUUUAUUUUAAGUGUUGAGUGACUGAAUGGCAUGUCUGUUCCCCCUUCUCUCCCCCUUCAUUUCACCAUCCCACCCACCUCAGGAAGGCCAUUUAACUUCACCAGACUUUAAAAGAAGAAAGAGUGCACAGGCCAAGAGAGCACGCUUUCCCUUCAACCAAUCAGCGGGCUCAAUCACAGAAUCUGAGGAGGAUGAUGAGGAGGAAGAAGAGGAAAAUGAAGCUGAGCAGGAAAGAGAGGAAGGAGAGAGAAGAGAUCAGGCAAACACUGCUGGAGAGAGAAGUACAGGAGGCAGCCAUUGUGGUGUGAAGAAGUCUGUCUUCAAAGUCACCUGUGGAGCCAUCAAUGGAAUGCUACAUAAGGAUCGGUUUGCAUCAGGGUUGUGUGGAAAGAGCAUCCGUACGGAGCUGCGCUGGAUGACCCCGGUGGAGUUUGUGAAGGGGGAGUCAGCUCUGGAAGAUCCCUCCUGGAAGAAUGACAUCCAGUGGGACGGGAAACCACUCAGCCUCCUCAUCAAGAGUAAGAUCUUAGUCAUUCACUCUCUCCUGUGUAAGUGCAAGCUGUGCAGCCCUACAGCCAAAGACAGGCAUGAUCAGGAUAACGAUGACGACUGCUUCAUCUGUAGAAGCCAGGGCAGCUUGAUAUGCUGUGAUGAGUGUCCUCGCUCCUUCCAUCAGAGAUGUCAUCUUCCUAAUGUGGAUGACACUAUGCUGGGGGAUAAUCUUCCGUGGGUGUGUACAUUUUGUGUACUGAGGGCCAGUCAGCCGUGGCGUUACCCCAGUCAAAAGACUUACCAGGAAGCCUUGACCUGCCGAAUCUCUGACCACCUACUGGAAUGCCAGUACCUCCUGCUGUGUCUAUACCAAGCUGACAAGGACCACAUCAUUGUGGCAGAUCCUUGUAUCAAUGUGAGAAACUACACCAGUGUGAUAAAGACCCCUAUAUGGCUGGACAGGGUUGUGGAGAAGCUGCAGCAGAAUCUCUACCGGUCAGUGCAACACUUUGUGUCUGAUGUGUUGCUUAUCUUCACCAACUGUGCCACAUUUAACAGGGAUAAUGCAGAGUUCUGUGUGAUGGGCGAAAGAUUGAAGGAUCUAUUUGAGAGGGAGUUCAAGAGUACAUUCAGCAUCCAACUUCAGCAUCCAACUGCAUCCAACAGCCAGUAGAGCCUUCAUCAAGUCUGUACUGUUAUCUCACUAUGAGACAACAGGGAAUAUUCAUCAUGCCCUGGUCUUUCUAUUCAGCCUUCAUACAGACAUGUACACCAAGUUGUACAGAUCUUAUUUUCCAUGCAUGUACAUUGUUAUCCAUCUAGUCCUUUCAUGAAUUUCUUUCAUUUGUUCUAAAUCCAAUCAAAUCCAAUUUUAUUUGUCACAUACACAUGGUUAGCAGAUGUUAUUGUGAGUGUAGCGAAAUGCUUGUG